GCACACCGAGGAGGACACACAGGCACCGGGCUGCCCUCGUCCUCACCGCCGCUGGAAGGUGACCGAGCGCCGGUCGGCGGAGGAGCGAGCCUCGCAGUGAUGCUUUUAUCGCUUUAACGCAGCAAGAAGAAGAAGAAGAAGAAGAAGACGCGGCUUCACCUCGACAGGAAGAAGAAACAGCUCGAGAAGUUCAUGCACCGAAACCUGCUUUUUUGAGAAGGCCGCCUGCUCUGUGUCCUCAUUAAAAUGGCGAUCAUGAGACAGUUUGGACUGCUGGUGUGGAAAAACUAUCUGCAGCAGAAACGUCAGAUCCUGGUCACUCUGGUGGAGAUCAUCCUGCCCCUGCUCUUCUCUGGCAUCCUCAUCGUGCUGCGUCAGAAGGUGGCCUGUAAGGACUUCCCCAACGCCACCGUCUACGAGAGCUACGCUGUGGACCGGCUGCCGGGGAUAUUCGUCAUGCAGCACCUGCAGCUGGCCUACGUUCCGGGGAACUCCAGCGUGGUGCGUCAGGUUGCCGAGGAUGUUCGAAGCAGCCUGUUCCUCUCCUCAGUGCGAGGCUUCGAGACGGAGGAGCACUUCGAGAACUACGUGAGGAAUGACCCGCAGUCAGGGAAGCUGCUGGCUGCUGUGGUGUUCGAGCAUCCCUUCAGCCACGACGACGAGCCGCUGCCUCUGAAGGUGAGCUACCACCUGCGCUUCACCUUCACCCCUCGCAACGCCCCGCCGAGGGAGAAGUCGGAGCUGAACCCGAACAGCGACCUGGACUGGCACACGCUCAGCUUGUUUCCUCUGUUCCAGCUGCCCGGUCCGAGGGAGCGGCGGGACAAGGAGGGCGGCACACCUGGUUAUUUCCGAGAGGGCUUCCUGGCGGUGCAGCACGCGGUGGACCGAGCUAUAAUGCGCUCUUACAACAGAACCGCUGCUGCUCCUCUGCUGCGACAGACCAGGGUGGUUCUGUCCCGGUUUCCGUACCCCGCCUACAUAUACGAUGUCUUCAUCCUGGCCAUCCAGAACCAGCUGCCCCUGCUGCUGGUGCUCAGCUUCACCUACACCUCCCUCAACAUCGUGCGAGCGGUGGUGCAGGAGAAGGAACGGAAGCUCAAGGAGUAUAUGAGGAUGAUGGGUCUCAGCAACUGGCUUCACUGGAGCGCCUGGUUCCUCAUGUUCUUCCUCUUCCUCUCCAUUUCAGUCUUUUUUGUGACUUUGCUGCUUUGUAUUCAGGUGAGCCCUAACGGAGCAGUGCUGACCUACAGUGACCCCACGCUGGUCUUCGUCUUCCUGCUCGUCUUCACCGUGGCCACCAUCAGCUUCAGCUUCAUGAUCAGUGCCUUCUUCUCCAGAGCCAAUGUGGCGGCAGCAGCGGGGGGAUUCAUCUACUUCCUGAGCUACCUGCCUUAUCUGUUCCUGUGGCCACGCUACGACCUGCUGAGCCAUGCCCAGAAGCUGUCCGCCUGCCUUAUCUCCAACGUGGCCAUGGCCAUGGGAGCACAGCUCAUAGGAAUGUUCGAAGGAAAAGGCACGGGAAUCCAGUGGUCCAACUUGUUUGACUCUGUGACGGUGGACGAUGAUUUCUCGCUGGCGCAGGUCCUGGGCCUGCUGCUGUUCGACUCAGUGCUGUACGGGCUGGUGGCCUGGUACAUGGAGGCGGUUUUUCCUGGAGAGUACGGGGUGCCGCUACCGUCGUACUUCUUUGUCCUGCCUUCGUACUGGUGCAGCAGCCCUCGCAUGGCUUUGGUGAAUGAGAAGGAGGAAGAGGAGGAUGCAGAAAAGGCUCUGAAAGGAGAGUUUAUAGAGGAGGAGCCCGCUGGACUCGUCUCCGGGAUAAAGAUUAAACAUCUCUCUAAGCAAUUCAAAGUGGGUAACAAGACCCGACAGGCUGUCAGAGAUCUAACACUGAACAUGUUUGAAGGACAAAUCACGGUGGUUCUGGGACACAACGGUGCUGGAAAGACCACAACACUGUCCAUGCUAACAGGGCUCUUUCCUCCCAGCAGUGGCAGGGCCUACAUCAAUGGUUACGACAUCUGCCAGGACAUGGCUCUGAUCCGACGCAGUCUGGGACUCUGUCCACAGCAUGACGUGUUGUUUGAUAACCUCACCGUGAGAGAACACCUGCUCUUCUACGCACAGCUGAAAGGAUACUCCAAAGACAAGAUUCCAGAUGAGGUGGACCGGAUCAUCCGGAUCCUGAACCUGGAGGACAAGCGACAGGCUCGUUCCAAGACACUCUCCGGUGGCAUGAAGAGGAAGCUGUCUAUUGGCAUCGCCCUCAUUGGAGACUCCAAGGUCGUCAUGUUAGACGAGCCCACGUCAGGUAUGGAUCCGUCGGCCCGGCGGGCCACCUGGGACCUCUUGCAGGGAGAGAAACGCGGUCGCACCAUCCUGCUCACGACACACUUCAUGGACGAGGCCGACCUGCUCGGAGAUCGGAUCGCCAUCAUGGCCGGAGGAGAGCUGCAGUGCUGCGGGUCGCCACUCUUUCUGAAGAACAAAUACGGUGCUGGUUACCACAUGGUGAUAGUUAAAGAUGCUCUCUGUAAUGUGUCUGAGAUCACUCGCCUCGUUCACAUGUAUGUUCCCAACGCCACGCUGGAGAGUAGCGCCGGCGCCGAGCUCUCCUACAUUCUGCCCAAAGAAAGCACCAGCAGGUUCGAGCUGCUGUUUGCUGAGCUGGAGAUGAACAGAGAGGAGCUGGGCAUCGCCAGCUACGGAGCUUCAGUCACCACCAUGGAGGAGGUUUUCCUCAGGCUGCUGCUGCCUCUAAUGGAGGAUGCGGCGCUGCUUCCAGAGGAUAGGGACGUGGCCGACGAGAGGAAGAGGGUCCUGGAGUGCCAGCCGGUCGUCGAGUCGAUGGUGGGGAGUCCGCUCAUCCUGCAGGAGAUCAGCAAGGUGUACAGCAGUGGCGAGAGUCUUCUGGCGGUGGAUAGGCUUUCCCUUGCUGUGGGGAAAGGAGAGUGUUUCGGCCUCCUGGGCUUCAACGGAGCGGGAAAGACCACGACGUUUAAGAUGCUGACAGGCGACGAGAGCGUCACCUCUGGAGACGCCUACAUCGACGGAUACAGCAUCCUCAGGGACAUUAAGAAGGUGCAGCAGCGAAUAGGCUACUGUCCUCAGUUUGACGCCGUGUUGGACCACAUGACAGGAAGAGAAACUCUGAGCAUGUACGCCCGGCUCCGAGGAAUACCAGAGAAGUAUGUGUCUGGCUGUGUGGAGAACGUGCUGCGGUCGCUGCUGCUGGAGCCUCAUGCUGAUAAACUGGUCCGCAGCUACAGUGGCGGUAACAAGCGGAAGCUGAGUGCGGGCAUGGCUCUGAUCGGUGGGCCUCCGGUCAUUUUCCUGGAUGAACCGUCGACCGGGAUGGACCCAGUGGCCCGGAGGCUGCUGUGGGACGCUGUGACACGAACACGAGAGUCUGGAAAGGCCAUAAUCAUCACUUCUCACAGUAUGGAGGAGUGUGAGGCGCUGUGCACCCGGCUGGCAGUGAUGGUCAACGGUCAGUUCAAGUGUCUCGGGAGUCCUCAGCACCUGAAGAGCAAGUUUGGCAGCGGCUACACACUGCUGGCCAAAGUACAUAUAGAAGCUGAGCUGGAGGACAGUGACCUGCUGCUGUUUAAAGACUUCAUAGAAAGCACCUUCCCAGGAAGUCAGCUGAAGGAUGAGCACCAGGGCAUGGUGCACUACCACCUGACCGACAAAACGCUCACCUGGGCACAGGUGUUUGGCACUUUGGAGGCAGCCAAAGAGAAGUACCGCAUUGAGGACUACUGUGUGAGCCAGAUUUCACUGGAGCAGGUGUUCCUGAGCUUCGCUCAAUUCCAGCACUGCACACAGAGCGGGAGGAAGUAGGAGGAGAGAGGAAUCCCUCCAUCCAUCGUCCAUUUUCUACAGUCUGUGGUCUGAGAACGUGGACCUGCCUCGGCUCCACAGUGGGCGUGAACCCAGACUGGAGAAGAACCCGGUUCAUCUCCAGCUCCGUUUUUACCUGAAACACCAACACACACACGCUCGGUGGGCCGGUCCAACUCCAGUUCCAGCUUUGCCUCGACUGUAUCACGCCGGUGUCUCUUUGUUCAGUCAUUCGUGCCGUUUGUUGUCGUGUGAAUGUUUGAAACUGAUUGUGACGAAACCAAGUAACGAGCGUUCAGUGCUGCACUUCCUCACUGAGGCCGCCGUCCGUGGCUCCACUCAGUAGAUUCUACCACUACUCUGAACUGUGUGCGACAGGGUGUAUUUGUGUGUGUACAGAUUGUCUUUUUGUUAUUUAUGACUUUUAUUACUUUAUCGCGUUUUCCAAGAAUUUGUGCUUUAUUUUGGUGACCUUGGGUCAUCACGAGAGAAUGAACCACUCCGACUGACGCGUUGAUGAAACUGUUGCACACCUUCGAGCCUUAUCUAACACUGAGGGCUCGCUUCUUUUCUUUGCCCGAUCCAACGGUCCUGCUUGUCCGUAGGAGCCUCUCGAUGUUGUUGCCAGAUGUACAUAACGUGAUGUGUUCAUGGUACUAAAACCAUUUGCUCAUUUAAAGGGGCUCAUAACGAAUGCAUGCAGAAAACGCGACUCACAGAAUGCAUGAUAGCGGGAGAGCAGAGACUGAAGGCAGACGACCGUCCUGACAGAGGUUCAUCCUCAACCACAUCCAGUCCAUCCGUCUCACGUUCUGUCCAGUUUCAGCUCCUCUGAGGAAACGAUUCAAGCAGCAGAUAUUAUAUACCGAUACUAUAUCUACAUAUAUACGGUUUACAUCGCAGCUAUUCGAAAGAAAGUCCUUAAAUGUUUAAUCAUAAUGUUCCAAAUUCUGCUGCUGUUCCAGUGAAAUCAGAAGUCGACUUGAAAUCCAGACAGCAGCUAAAACUGCAACAAAAAAAAAACCCUGAAAGAGGUGUUUUUGGGCAACUUUUAUUUCUUUGUCUUGCAGCUAUGCAUCAU